AUGUCGGAUCACGGAGACUACGCGCCUGGAUCUCCCGUCUUGUCUCAAACGGACGAGGAUUAUGACAAGCGGCCAUUCAAUGGUUUGUACAUUGAUACGGCUCCAUUCGGACUGGAGAAAAUCUGGGAUUAUGAGCCUGGUGGCCAUCAUGCUGUUCAACUUGGCGAUUGCCUAGGUCGACAGGGCGAAUACCGCGUCAUUCACAAGCUAGGCAGCGGGGGGUUCGCCAACAUUCUUAUGGCCGAUUACUCGAAAGACGAUUGCCCAGAGCUUCGCGUGGAACGGCUUCGAGAAUUUGGAUUAGAAAUGCACAUCUGCCUUCCGUUCGAUCAAUUUCGAAUUGAAGGCCCAAAUGGGUCACACCUUUGCUUUGUGUAUCCUGUGGCGGGGCCGCGUGUCUCUCUUAUAGCCCAGCAAUUCGAAGACCCGGACAGAAGCUUGCGGAAGAUGGCUCGGCAGGCUGCUGAAGUCAUGGCUGCAUUGCAUAGUCAUGGUAUAUGUCACGGAGACUUCACGCCGUCAAACAUUCUCCUGAGAGUUGAGGGCCUUGACGGACUACCCGAAGAUGAAGUCCUCAAAAUCCUGGGAGACCCCGUCAAGGUAGAAGUUUUCACUGAGUCAGGGGAGACUCCGUCUGAUCCUACCGCGCCUAGAUAUCUCGUCCGUCCGGUCGAGUUUCGCCAUGUUCCGCUGCCGUACGUCGUAGAUGAGAUUCUUGUGAUCGACUUCGGAGAGUCUUACGAUGUCACAAAUCCACCAGAGGAGCUUGGUAUCCCCGAGAGUUAUCGUCCCCCCGAACUUGUUUUAGAGAAUACGCCAGGAUUUGGAUGUGACCUCUGGGCACUCGGCUGCACCCUCUUCGAGAUACGAACGGGUAGAAAGCUCUUUGACAUGUUUGAUGACAAUGUUGACAGCCACCUCUUCCACAUGGUUGAGAUGCUUGGCACACUGCCAGAGCCGUGGUGGUCUACGACCUGGAAGCACAGAAAGGAGUUCUAA